AUGUCAGCAACGCCUCGCAAGCCUGGAACCCCCGGCAGUUCCAGCAAAUCAACGCCCGCAGAUCCGCAACCAGCCAACGGGUCCACCACACGAGGACAUGCACGCUCGCCCAGCGCUGCAUCUAACGGUAUCAACCGCACCCCCUCUUUGCGAAGUUCGCCCGUCUCUGCCCGCGCCGCCGCAAGGAAACCUGGCCGAUCAAACCUAAGCAUGUCCAACGUCCCACGGAUUUCCAAUGACCCGUCCGAGGAAGAGGCGCGAGCCCAAAAUGCGGCCUUGAUCGAGGAAUUGCGGGAGCAACUCCAGAAGGCCGAAACGGCCUCGGAACAGUACCAGAAACAACUUGGAGUCUUGCAAAUGCGUCUGGAUGAGGCAAUCAGCGAGCAGGCCAAGUUGGAAGAUCAGGCUCAUGAGCGGGAUUCUCGGAUUGAGACCCUCAGCAGCGAGAUCCGAGAUCAAGGCCGCCAAAUCCGGGAUUUGGAACAGAAUCAUGAGAUGGAACGAAAUGCAAUGCUUCAGGAGAAGGAGCAACAGACCAGCAGAGAAGAGGAGUUGCAGGCGACUAUUCAGCGCUUGAAGGAAUCGGUAGCCCAGAAGGACAUGCGCAUCAAUGCUGAAGGUGAUCGCCACCAAGUAUCACGAUCUUCGAGUUUCCGUAAUCGGGCAUCGCCAGAUUUAGAUGCUCAAUUUGCUCCUUCCUCCCAACUCGAGCGCAGCCCCUCACGCAAUAAUUCCAACCUUCUCCUCCAGAAAGAUAAGUUGAUCGAGUCAUUGCGACUGGAAUUGGCUGAAUCACAGAUCAAACUUGUGGAGAUGGAGAAUUCAGGUGGGGGCCACCAGCGUGAGUUGGAGAAAGAGCUUUUGGAGGCUCGCAUGGCUAAUGCACGUCUUAUGGAAGACAACGAAAGCUAUCAACUUCUACUCAGUGAAAAGACGCUUGCCGGCGACUUUACAAAGGGUGACUUCAUGCGAGAUGCGACCCCUGGGAAGAGUUCCGGUGGUGGCUUAGGCUCUUUGGCCGACGAGCUUGAAUCCGUGGAUGAAGAAGCGGGUGAGGGAGACCCGGGCCGCAAGACUGACAGUGAGCUCAAGACCCUCAAGGACCAGAACAAGGCCUUGACUCUUUACAUCGAGCGAAUCAUUAGUCGUGUCUUGCAACAUGACGGGUUUGAGCAUGUGCUAGAUCGGAACGAUGACGAUGAAGCCCAGACUGCGAAACCCUCCACUGGGGGCAGUGAAAAGGAAUUGCCACCUACGCCCCCGGAGAAGGAUGACAACGCUACUCAGACAUUCCUGCAGCGGGCGAAAUCUGUCGUUUCAGGCCAACCUCCGCGCUCUCAUCCCCAGCCCCAGUCCCGAUCUCGCCCCACCAGCAUGAUGCCGCCCCAGUCAAUCCCUCACAAUAUCGCCCAUGAGAACCCGGACACUGCCCCCAGUAUUCCAAUUCGCACUCAGUCCGUGAGAGCUAGUCACCGUCGAACCCGCUCUGAGCAGGUCGACCCUAAUGCGGCUUCUGUUGUUACGCAAAUGUAUCGGGGUCGCAACUCAGGCGGGCCAAUGAGUCCUACUGGGAUGGGGCCUGGCUCUCGCCAGAGCAUGUUCUCUGGUACUGCCAGCUAUGUUUCUAGCAUGAGUCGGGCCCCGUCCAUGUCCAGUCAGCCCGAUCGUGGUGGACGCAGUAGCUCCCCCAGCGUUCUCAGUGACGCGCUCGGAGAUAAUUCUUCGACGGGGGCAACCUCCAGCCCUCCUCGUUCCAGUAGUGGUAUGACAAACUACACAGGCGCUGUAAUGACGCAGAACAAGCUGCGACCCCUGCGCCUUGUAAGCGAUGCUGCCAAACUCGAAGAAGAGGAGGCUGCACGCAAGAAGGCCAACCGCGCGAGCUGGAUUCCGCAGUGGUUUAACAAACCCAACACGGAUGAACAAUUCCAGCAAUAG